AUCAUGGGUGUAGGAGAGCGUGAUGUAAGUGAGCCGGGCUGCUGAGUGACGUCCGUGUUAGCUCACUUCUCCAUAAACAAGUGGAGGCCAGGGUGGGUUGUCACACACUACCUGCAGGUGACGGGGCGCCCCACCAGGCUCAUGACACUGCCAGACAGCAUACUCCUAGCACAUAAAGUGCUGUUGUAACCUCAUCCUGAUGCUACCCCACACACAGCAAGGCAGGGGCAUCACGUUCUAAGGUGCGAACCGAAACACUGACCAUUCCGUGGAGGGUGUGGGGCCAGGGUGAUGAUAUAUUCUCCUGCCAUAAACCCGUAGAAGAAUCAAGACAUACAGUGUGGCACAACAACCAGCAACCAACACGUAGCAAAUAAGUAUACUGGUGCUAUCUUCAGUACGCACGACGAGUAUGUAUCUCUGGUCACGAUGGAGGCAGAACACAAGAGGGAGGCAGGAGUGAGAGUCCUUGGAGCGACGGAGACGACGGUCGACAAACUGCGGCAAGCAACGUGACACUCUGCAUAACAAGUUUGGGAAUGUUGCUGAAGGAGAGUAUGAUAUCAAACUGAGAAUUACACCUUGGAGUUGCUCUGUCUAGUUGUCCUUGCUAUCUUUUGAAGUGCCUCUUCAGUUUUUGUGAUAAUUAUAGAGCAAUAUAUUGAUUUACUACAGAUGGAAGUACAGUAGCGCUGAAAAUAAUCAUCAGUCACUUCACUGCCUAAUGACUUUUCUGCCAUGAUAACAUGAUAGAUUUCAUCUUGGCUGUCAGAGAUCCACUAGAAUGGCAUAAGGCAAAUAUGGCUAAUAACCCCAAACACUACUCUGCCCUGCGAUAUGGUGGACCUCACUUUGUAACCAGCAUUCAAGAAAAGUGGGGAGCUAAAGUUUAUUUCAAUACUCUAAUUCCAACACAUGAGGGGAUGAUUAAAUAUGGGGUGAUAUCACAUACAAGUCUAAUAACUGAUCUGCUGGACUGGGAUACCCUCUAUAUUGCAGGCCGCUUACACAAACCUGUCCUCAUGCUACAUAAAGAUUCUGCAGAUGACGAGCUUCGUAGUGCACUAAAAAUAAAUUUAUAUUCAGCCCUUCACACAGCUCUACUUUUGCUACCAGAGUCAUUUAGUGAAGAUCAGCUUUAUUUAGCCUUGGCUGGUGUUUCAUACACAGGUGAUUUUCGUAUGCAUGUAGGGGAAGACCAGAAUAAGGUGAGAAACAUUGUUCAGGCACAAACACAGGAGUUCCGAAAUCUGUACUCGCCUCUCUUGAAAGAACUGGAAGAAUAUGUUGUACUGGAUCAGUUCAAGGGAAUGGGAGAACAGGACACAUCACCACCAGCUCGACUAUUUCAUCUCUCAAUGCUGCCUAAAAGGUUACAGCUCAUGUUGAUUAAAGAAUUCAACGUAGAUAGAAGAAGCAGAGACCUGGAGGAUGUUCUGCGUGCUGCUGCUCACGACACUGACUGUGCUGAUGUUAUAGUCAAAGGUAUUCAAGAUAUAGUGAUGACUCCCAGCCUGACUCAGAGUUUAAAAGGAUUAUUGACUGCAGGAGCUGUCAAGUCUGUCAAAUAUUCAUAUUCCAAGCUAAAAAAGAUGUGGAAGAGUUUACAGAGAUGACUUUAUAUUUACAUUAAACUUUGUACAGUACAGUGUUAAUCCCAGACCCUUGAUUUUUUUAGUUUAAAAAUUAUAAAUUCAUGAUGUUUUGUACAUAAACAAUAAAGAUUUUAUCCAAUGUU